GUCGAUUACAAAUGUAGCAAGGGCCCCAAUCCAGAGCCUCAUCUCGUUUAGCAGCGAGUCUACACACAGCCAAUUCCACUAUCUUCUAGCCUUACUCUUUGCAAGCACUGGCCCUUCGCAAGUCUGAGUUCAAGAUUGUGAGUUCGCUGCCAAUCAGCUUGCAGACGUCAAGAUCUCGGAGGCUCACGGCAAGACCUUCCCACCUGUUACGUUUGUGUUCCACCUUCCAGUCAACCUCACCAAAUUUGUGCCGUGUAGCGAAAUUUUGGAAGAACCGCGAAAAAUGGUUCAUGCAGACGCGUCUAGUUUUGCAGAUGGCUUGACCAAGCAAGAGGUGUACGCGCAGGUUCUGGAGCAGGCCAGGGCGCUGUUCGACGGACAGAGAAACUGGGUAUGCGCGGACUGCAACUUCGCAAACGCAGCUUCCCUCCUGUGGCACGCGUACCACUCCCUGCCUGCUCCGUCAUCUAGCGUCAACUGGAGUGGCUUCUACUUCCUCGACCCGUCUAACCCACGGCAACUUCUGCUUGGGCCGUUCCACGGCCAAGUAGCAUGCCAGACCAUAGCUUUCGGGCGCGGUGUCUGCGGGGCUGCAGCACAGACGAAGCAGACGCAGCUUGUGCCUGAUGUGGAAAAAUUCCCCGGGCACAUUGCUUGCGACGGUGCGAGCAAGAGCGAGAUCGUUGUGCCAAUCAUCAAGGAAGGAAAGGCCGUUGCUAUUAUCGACAUCGACUGUGCAGAAGAGGAUGGAUUCACCGAGGAGGACCAAACAGCUCUGGAGGAACUGGCCAUUCUGCUCGCCGAGUCCUGCGACUUCUGAGCGUGCAUGCAGACGCUUGGGGCAAUUGUUAAAAGUAUUCGACGACGCAGGGUAUGAGGUGGACCUAACAUGAUCAUUAAGACAUUACGGUCACCCCCGAGUAGAUGUGCACUAGCCUAACAUGAUCAAUAAAGACAUCAUGGCAGCAAAAUCCGACCGUGAUUGGAGUAUCGAAAUAGCGUGCCUUGACGUGAGUGCCUCCAACUGUAUCUGACCGUCCA